CCUCACCGUCCGGCGCCAUGGGGGCUUCAGACCCGGAAGUGGCGCCCUGGGCUCGCGGCGGUGCCGCGGGGAUGGCGGGAGCCGGAGCAGGAGCGGGAGCUCGCGGCGGCGCGGCGGCUGGAGUCGAGGCUCGGGCUCGCGAUCCGCCGCCCGCGCACCGUGCACACCCUCGCCAUCCUCGGCCCGCGGCGCAGCCUUCCGCCCGCAGGAUGGACGGCUCGUCCGGGGGCCUGGGCUCCGGGGACAACGCCCCGACCACCGAGGCUCUUUUCGUGGCUCUGGGCGCUGGCGUAACAGCGCUCAGCCACCCGCUACUCUAUGUGAAGCUGCUUAUCCAGGUGGGUCAUGAGCCGAUGCCCCCCACCAUUGGGACCAAUGUGCUGGGGAGGAAGGUCCUCUACCUGCCCAGCUUCUUCACCUACGCCAAGUACAUCGUGCAGGUGGAUGGGAAGAUUGGGCUAUUCCGAGGCCUGAGCCCCCGGCUGAUGUCCAACGCCCUCUCCACUGUGACCAGGGGCAGUAUGAAGAAGGUUUUCCCUCCGGAUGAGAUCGAGCAGGUUUCCAACAAGGACGACAUGAAGACUUCCCUGAAGAAAGUAGUGAAGGAGACCUCCUAUGAGAUGAUGAUGCAGUGCGUGUCCCGCAUGCUGGCCCACCCCCUGCAUGUCAUCUCAAUGCGCUGCAUGGUCCAGUUUGUGGGACGGGAGGCCAAGUACAGCGGCGUGCUGAGCUCCAUCGGGAAGAUUUUCAAAGAGGAGGGGCUGCUGGGAUUCUUUGUCGGCUUAAUCCCUCACCUCCUGGGAGAUGUGGUUUUCUUAUGGGGCUGUAACCUGCUGGCCCACUUCAUCAAUGCCUACCUGGUGGAUGACAGCGUGAGUGACACCCCAGGGGGGCUGGGAAACGACCAGAAUCCAGGUUCCCAGUUCAGCCAGGCCCUGGCCAUCCGGAGCUAUACCAAAUUUGUGAUGGGGAUUGCAGUGAGCAUGCUGACCUACCCCUUCCUGCUGGUCGGUGACCUCAUGGCUGUGAACAACUGCGGGCUGCAGGCCGGGCUCCCCCCGUACUCCCCCGUCUUCAAAUCUUGGAUCCACUGCUGGAAAUACCUGAGCGUGCAGGGCCAGCUUUUCCGUGGCUCCAGCUUGCUCUUCCGCCGGGUGUCCUCGGGAUCAUGCUUUGCCCUGGAGUAGCCCAAAUCGCCUGCAAACACCUGCUGUGUCAGCCUGGCCGCCGUGGGCACCAUCAGAUGAGUGCACCCCGACAACACCUAGAUGUGCUCCAGCCAGCCGGGCUUCGGGUUCCAUAUUCCCGUGUGUCUGUCCAGACGUGGGGCUUGUGUGGGGGUGAGGCUGCACCCCGUGGCUUGGUUACCUGUUAGGCUUGGGGAAGGUGGGGUGGGCCCAGGGACCUGGGGCACAGUCCCCUGCCUUCACUGACUCACCAGGUCCGCCUCGUGCAGGGACCAGAGACAAGGCCCAGGCAGGACGGGACAAGGCCCGUGGGCUCAGCUCCCACCCCCUGCUCAUACCCACGUCUGUCCCAGGCCUCAUCCUGCGGCCCAGCCCGGGAGCAUUGCUCUCCUGCUUUGUAAAUAGGGCACGAUCUGCUUUCAUGAGGCCACUGUCACAUCCAGUCCUGUGCCAGAGAGUCCUCCCUAGGUUCUGCCUUCAUUGUUUCUCAACACUACUUUUCUGAUGCGAAGGCGGCACCUUCCGAAAGGGAAAUCAGGUGACUGCUCAGAGGGUGUCUCCUGCAUCAAAUGCUCAUUGGUUUAGCGGAGAUGCCGCAUGGGCAGGAUCUGGUUACCUGCGCAGCUGUGAGCACCCAGAAGUUAGGCAGGUCAGUGUCUCUCGUACUGUUCGGUUUAAAAGUUCCUGAUAAGAUUUGACCUUUUCUCCCUCAAAUAAAUGUAUCGGUGGUGAUUUGGA